AUGAUCGUGGAUGGUCUGUCCUGGUGGCAGUCGUGGAUCUGCGUCUGGAUCGGAUACUUUCUGGCCGCGUGCUUUGUCUGUCUGACGGGUCGCAUCGGUGCCGUCUAUCACAUCUCCUUUCCGGUGGUGGCUCGGUCGACUUUUGGCAUUUGGGGUUCUUUCUGGCCGGUGCUGAAUCGAGUUGUCAUGGCUGUCAUUUGGUAUGGAGUGCAGGGAUAUAUUGGGGGUCAAUGCGUGACGCUGAUGAUCCGGGCGAUCUGGCCGAGCUACAACACCAUCCCCAACGGCAUCCCUAAAAGCUCGGACGUGACCACCCGCGACUUCACCAGCUUCUUCCUCUUCUGGCUGCUCUCCCUCCCGGCCCUGUGGGUCCCGAUCCAGAAACUGCGCCAUCUGUUCACGGUCAAGGCAAUUUACUCGCCCAUCGCGGCGAUCGCCUUCUUUGCCUGGGCGAUCGCGCGCGCCAACGGGAUCGGCCCCAUCGUGCACCAGCCGAACAAGGCCCACGGCAGCCAGCUGGCCUGGGCGGUGGUCAAAUCGAUCAUGAGCUGCAUGGGCAACUUCGCGGCCCUGAUCAUGAACGAUCCGGACUUUGCCCGAUUUGCGCGCAAGCCCAAGGAUGCGCUGUGGGCGCAGCUCUUUACCAUCCCACUCGGCUUCGGCAUCACCUCGUUCAUCGGCAUCAUCGCGUCUUCGUCAUCGGCCGUCAUCUUCGGUGGGGACUACGUGUGGAACCCGCUGGACUUGCUGGGCAUGUUCCUGGACGGGGCCAGCUCGGGCCAGCGAUUCGGGGUGUUCAUCAUCGCUACAGGGUUCGCGCUGGCGCAGCUGGGUACCAACCUCUCGGCCAACUCGGUGUCGGCCGGCACGGACAUGACGGCGUUGCUGCCGCGGUAUAUCACCAUUCGCCGGGGGAGCUAUAUCUGCGCGAUGAUCGGUCUGGCGAUGUGCCCGUGGAACCUACUUUCCUCGUCCAACCAGUUCACGACGUACCUCUCCGCCUACUCGAUUUUCUUAUCUGCCAUCGCCGGCCCCAUGAUCUGCGACUACUACAUCGUGCGCAAAGGCUAUCUCCAAAUGAAGGACCUCUACAGCGCCAGCAAAGACUCGCCCUACUACUACUGCUGCGGGUUCUCGUGGCACGCAUACGCGGCGUAUCUCUCAGGCUUGCUGGUCAACAUCGUGGGGUUUGCAGGCGCCGUCGGCCGCAAGGUGCCGAUCGGCGCGACGUAUAUCUACAACGUCAACUAUGUGUCGGGGUUCCUCGUCUCGUUCGCCAUGUACUACGCGCUGACGUGGGCUGUGCCCAUCCCGGCGACGAGUGCGGUGUGGAAUGAGGUUGAUGUGGAUGUUGACGAUGACCCGAUGUCUGUGGCUGAUGGGGAGGAUGUGUAUGGGGAUGAGCGGUGGGAGGGGGAGGGAGAAGCAGAUGGGGGGUUUAAGGGGAGGGAUGGGGAUUAUAAGGGAGCGAAAAGUGGAUUGAGAGGGUUGUAA